CUCCUAGGUGCACAAGAAGCAGCGCUUCGAAUAAAUGGAUGGAGUUCUUCGUCAACUAGCAACUGCUCAAGAGUGAUUUCAGCUGUUCUUUCCACAAACCUUGGACCACUUCUGUUAAGCACAGCCUUCACCAACACUACACGUGUGAACUCAGAUGUGAUGACAGUGCAAGCCUUGAGUGCCAUUAGUGGAACAGAGUUGACUGAUAUCAGGAUUUCCUUACCUGCUAUAAACAAUAGUAAUGGGUUCUAUAACGCCACGUGUGUCUUCUGGAACAUCACACAAAGUCAGUGGUCAACUGAGGGAGUGACACUGAUGUCUCAGAACCAAACACACUACACUUGUCAAUCCAGGACACCUCAC